AAGGCGGUUCCCCGAGCCGGGCAGUGAGCGCAGCCCUCUGCAGUGAUGAUCGGGAACUGAGGUUCAUUACGGGGCUUCAGUAUUGGCGACGAAACCAAACCUUCGGGUCUUUCUUUUCCUCUGCUGCAUUCCUCCCCCACCCCCGUCGGGUGUCUUUUCUUUUUCUUUUCCUUUUAUUUUCACAGGAAAUUUCUAAACGCGAGGAGGUGAAAGUAAUCCGCACCGGAGUACUGUCGAUAGAAAACUGAUUGUUUCGGUUAAUCUAACAGACCUGAGCCCCGGGAGCCGCAGGCUGUUGUUAAAGUUGGGCUGUGCUGAGAAGCAGAUUUGUGGGGCUUCCCUUCCUCCGCUGAGCCGCAGUUGCAAAUGGGUGUCGCUGUCCUGACCAGCCAGGUGUACUGGCGGCGAACAGCAAUAGGAGAGGAGUAAUGUGCAUGCUUGUUUCUCUCCUUGGGCAAAGUGUCUCAGUUUAAAAUGGUGAAUUACUCCUACGAUGAAGACCUCGAAGAGCUUUGCCCCGUGUGUGGCGAUAAAGUGUCUGGGUACCAUUAUGGGCUGCUCACCUGUGAAAGCUGCAAGGGAUUUUUUAAGCGAACAGUCCAAAAUAAUAAAAGGUACACAUGUAUAGAAAACCAGAAUUGCCAAAUUGACAAAACACAGAGAAAACGUUGUCCUUACUGUCGAUUUCAAAAAUGUCUGAGUGUUGGAAUGAAACUAGAAGCGGUUAGAGCUGACCGAAUGCGUGGAGGAAGGAAUAAGUUUGGACCAAUGUAUAAGAGAGACAGGGCCCUGAAGCAACAGAAAAAAGCCCUCAUCCGAGCCAAUGGACUUAAGCUAGAAGCCAUGUCUCAGGUGAUCCAAGCAAUGCCCUCCGACCUGACCAUCUCCUCUGCAAUUCAGAACAUCCACUCUGCCUCCAAAGGCCUACCUCUGAACCAUGCUGCCUUGCCUCCUACAGACUAUGACAGAAGUCCUUUUGUCACAUCCCCCAUUAGCAUGACAAUGCCACCUCAUGGCAGCCUGCAAGGUUACCAAACAUAUGGCCAUUUUCCUAGCAGGGCCAUCAAGUCUGAGUACCCAGACCCCUACACCAGCUCUCCUGAGUCCAUCAUGGGCUACUCCUAUAUGGAUGGUUACCAGACCAGCUCUCCAGCAAGCAUCCCACAUCUGAUACUGGAACUUUUAAAGUGUGAGCCAGACGAGCCUCAAGUGCAAGCCAAAAUCAUGGCCUAUCUGCAGCAAGAGCAGGCUAACCGCAGCAAGCACGAAAAGCUGAGCACAUUUGGGCUGAUGUGCAAAAUGGCGGACCAAACCCUCUUCUCCAUUGUUGAGUGGGCCAGGAGUAGCAUCUUCUUCCGAGAACUUAAGGUUGAUGACCAAAUGAAGCUGCUUCAGAACUGCUGGAGUGAGCUCUUAAUCCUCGACCACAUCUACCGGCAAGUGGUCCAUGGAAAGGAAGGCUCAAUCUUCCUGGUUACUGGGCAACAAGUGGACUAUUCUAUAAUAGCAUCACAAGCUGGCGCCACCCUCACCAACCUCAUGAGUCAUGCACAGGAGCUGGUGGGAAAACUUCGGAACCUACAGUUGGAUCAGCGAGAGUUUGUGUGUCUAAAGUUCUUGGUGCUCUUUAGUUUAGAUGUCAAAAACCUCGAGAACUUCCAGCUGGUAGAAGGUGUCCAGGAACAAGUCAACACGGCCCUGCUAGACUAUACACUUUGCAACUACCCACAGCAAGGAGACAAGUUUGGGCAGCUACUACUUCGACUACCGGAAAUCCGGGCGAUUAGCAUGCAGGCUGAAGAAUACCUCUACUACAAGCACCUGAAUGGGGAUGUCCCCUAUAAUAACCUUCUCAUCGAAAUGUUGCAUGCAAAAAGAGCGUAAGUUACAACCCUAGGAGCGCUGCUUUCAGAACAAAAAGAGUUGAGGUGAGGAGGGGAAGAAGGACAGGAAGAGAAAAUAAAUACUCUGAACUGCUCCAAGCAACACUAAAUAAAAACUUGGUUUAAAGAUAUUGAAUUUUAAAAAGCAUAAUAAUCAAAUACUUAAUAGCAAAUAAAUGAUGUAUCAGGGUAUUUGUAUUGCAAACUGUGAAUCAAAGGCUUCACAUCCCCAAAGGGUUCAUACGAAAGACAUUGUAAUGGAGUGGAUUGAACUCACAGACGGAUUCCAACACUGUGUCAGAAUAAAAACGGACAAAACAAUUCUUGUAUAUUUAAGCUGAUCUCCACUGUGAAGAAAUUUAGAAACUAAUCUGUGUUAUUAAUUAGGCUUGUUCAGUGUGGGGUUUGCGUUUACAGAAUUCCUCCAUGGUGAAGCUGAACUAAAACAGUUCUCAAGAAUGCAUCAGCCGCACCUGUGACUGCUCCUCCCUCUUCCUCCGAAGGCCCCCUGCACCUUCUGCCCUGUGACCAUGGAAUCUGUACUAAGGUCCUGUGGUCAGACACACCCAGUAGUAGCUCCACUAUAUCAUGAAUUCUGAAUGUCUGUGUUGUAGACCUGCAAACAGCUAUUAAGAAAAGAACAGUCUAUAAAUACGUCAGCUUGCCAUUUUAAAUGUUCCGGUUCAUUUGUCACGUGCUCAUGAUUGGAAAAAAAAGGCAGUGUCCCUCUUCUAUCAUAUAUAAGCAUUAAUUAAUAUUAAGGGAUAUGACUACAAAUUUUUUAAGCAAAUACUCCAUAACUAAAGCAAGUUAGAUCUUAUUUCUGCUACUGUUGCUGAAAUGUGGCUUUGGCAUUGUUGAAUUUCAUAAGAAUUUCUGGCCAAAAGGCUUACUAGGAUCUGUCUUUUUAAUCGUCAAAGUUUGUAUUCAUUUAAAAGUAAGAUAUUAAACACCUUUUGCUGGGAUGUCAAAUAGUCACAGUUCUAAGUAGUUGAACAUAAAAAUUGAAGCAUGUGAAGCUAUGCAAAAUGAAAAGGAUGAGCUGAUAAACCGACUGACCCAGGGUUCAUUCUAGUUGCAAAUGAGAACCUCCUAAACUUGGGAUAGAAACAGUGAUUUUUUACAUGUAGCCUGGAAAGAUAUCAAAGUCAUUCAAAUCUUUCCCAAAAGGGAAAGGAAGAGAGUGAUACUGACCUUUCUAAGUCAUAGGCCAAAGUCUGCUGCAGAACAAAUAUUGGAGGACAAAGAAUUGCAAAAAAAAAACCUCUCGGAACAACGCUGUCAGUAUUAUUAACACGAAAUGCCACAGAUAUGAAAGUCUUGCCUUAUUUCAUGAUUCUAAAAGGUAGCUGUGCAGAUGUGGAUCAACAUUUGUUCGAAAUAAAGUAUUAAUACUUUAAAGUCAAAUAAAAAAAUAUAGUGUUUACAUUCUUUAGGUCCUGGGAGGGGUGGGGGGAACUGUGAUAUUGCAAAAUAGCAAAAGCAGUAACUUCUUUAAUGUUAUUUUUCUGAUUGGUAAUUAUUUUUAACAGUACUUAGUUAUUGUAUGUCGUGAGACACUAAAAUCAAAAACAGGAAUCUCAUUUAGACUUUAAUUUUUUGAGAUGAUCGGCAGCACAAUCACUUGUAGAAACUGUAAAAAAUAAAAGUCUACCCCCCUUCAUUUUUUUCAUAAAUGUUUCUGGCUUUUGAAUAGUUUAUUUAUAUUGUAUAUCAUAGUUUCAACUGUAGACAAUUAUGAUGCUAAUUUAUUGUACCUUGGUUUCACCUUUGCAGAAGAGAUAGCCAAGACUGAAGAAACCAAAUAUAUGUGUUUACUGUAGCAUGUCUUCAAGUUAGUGGAACAUAGUUCAGGGACAUAGAAGGGUCUUAAUGAAUUAAAAUCAUCCACUUGAUUAAAUGUCUGUAAAGCUCCAUAAUUAUAAUUCUUACUGUAGCUUAUUUAAUAUCGAUUGUAAAUUAUGUGACUCGUAGCUUCCUCUGUUCAAGUACAUUUAACAAGGUGGAGUCUUACCUGGUUUUCCUUUCAAGCAUUGUAAGUUGUAUACCAAAGAUAUGAGUUAUUACUUCAGUGUGUACAAAGAAGAUUAUUUUAUUAUUUUUGUUAAUCACCUCUGAAGCUCGUCCACAUGAAGGGUACACCCUAGCCAAGCUGGGCAUCGACUUGUGCAGGGUCUCGGUCACCUGUUUUGUCUUCAUGGCUCAAAGGGCAAUGAAAACUCACUGAUCAGAGCUCAGAUCCAAAGCAUUACGAGAAUGGCAGCCGCAUUGCUUCCCUUAGUUGAGGACCAAGCUGGCUAACGGCAGGUGGAGAGGAACAGUGCAGUCAGUGGCUAAUGAAAGGGCUCCGUGCCGUGUGUGUAGCAUGGGGAGGCGACUUGGAGAUUAGAAUAGUUAUUGGGAAGGUCUUUAACAUCAAAGAAAUGCCAAAUCUGUGGAUUCUUAAAAUCUGUGUUUCCUUACUUUAAACAUACAAUACUCCUCACUGAAUUUGAACUUGAAAAAUGUACAAUACUGGUAUGUUGUUCAGCAGGUGGCUGACACCCCGAGAGUGGUUCAUAACACAGUCACACCCACACUGCUGGUGAAAACAAGGACAGCGGCUGAUAAGCAAGAUAGUGCUACAGCUGUCCAUGCCCCUUCCAAAACUGGCCAGUGAAUUUCUCUGAUGUGAAUCAUUAACCAGUUUGUAAUCAGACAUUGACUUAGCCAACUGCCUUAUCAAUCACAGGACUUAUUAGUAAAAGCAGACUCAAACAAAGGUUUUUGGCUUAGCUUGGUUUGUGAUAGUUGGUCUAUGUUUGUUAACAGACAAUCUGUAAUGUCUGGAUAUUUAUAUUACAUAUCAAGCAAUGUUUAGAGUGUGAAGUCAGUUACACAUUGACAUUUUCUUACUGUAUCAGUGAAAAACAUAUUGUCAUGUCAGUUCUUUCCAGGAAUUUCUCAACAAAAUGGAGGGUUUUUUUCAGUAUUUCAAUAAAUAUUGAUAUGCCCA